AUGUCAGUUGCCAAUGGUUCUGUGCAUGGGCUUCAAGUGUACGCGGAUUACAUCCCGAUCAUCAACUUCACAACACUCCAGGCAUUCAUACCGUUCCUGUACAUUUGUCCGACAAUAGUAGUCAUGAUGACUAUUCUGGUGAUGUACAGACGGGCACGGAAAGCUAUGAGCACAGCGACUAUGGAUCAUAACAUCUUCGCACUCAUCAUGUUCUAUUUUAUGUUUGUAAGUACUACUAGGCUGCCGCAACGAUGAACAGAAAACUUUCAGAACAUGUUAUUCUAUUUCGGCGACUACAUCCACCUGAAUCUUCCCUCUUCGGGACUCAUGACCACUUGGUGCGCCGGAAUACAACCCAGCAGAUACUUUGCGAUUCUGUUCGUCUACGCCUACUACAGCAACUUUGGCGUCAUCAUUUGUCCGUUCCUCGUUUGUCUCAUUCGAUUGACCAUUCUACUUUCGCCACGUAACAAUGAAAGGGUAAGUCGUAUUGCUCUAGUUGACUGUGUGUACCAGUGUUGAGCGGAAUUCCGUCUUCCGUAUUCCGUCUUCCGUCUUCCGUGGUUUUUUUGUUCCGUCUUCCGUCUGCCGUCUUCCGGAAAAAGGGUUUUCUUCCGUCUUCCGUCUGCCGUCUUCCGUCUUCCGUCUUCCGUGAUUUUUUUGUUCCGUCUUCCGUCUGCCGUCUGCCGUCUUCCGUCUUCCGUCUUCCGUGGUUUUUUUGUUCCGUCUUCCGUCUGCCGUCUUCCGUAAACAAAUUUUUCUUCCGUCUUCCGUCUGCCUUCUUCCGGGACUUUUUUCUUUUACCGUAAAAAUGUAAUAGCUUUUCAGAAGCCAUUUACUAGCCCCGAAGAACGCUAAUUUCCACGGGCAGUGACCCAGAUCCAAAUUUUUUGUUGUUCAGUUAUUUUUUUCAAAAAAAAAACUGGAGAAAAAGGUUCUGCAUUGACGAUUUUUUUGUUCCGUCUUCCGUUUUCCGUGUUCCGUAAAAAAAAUUUCUUCCGUCUGCCGUCUGCCGUCUUCCGGAUUUCAAAAUUCCAUUUCCGCUCAACUCUGGUGUGUACAUCGUCUGUACAAGACUUUUAUGAGAGCUUUACCAUACAUUUUUGAAAAGAAACUUGAGAAUUGACGAAUGGGGAACACACUCUUGUCCUCAAGACUAUUAUUCUUUCAGUUGUGCCGUCUGAUCAUGAACUGGUUCGCCAUUCCGUUCCUCUUCCUCGUCCCGCUUCUCCUCACCAUUUGCAACAUUCAAGUGAGCGGUUACUGCAUGCAAAUGGCCGAUCCGUUCUCUUUCGGCUCGCUCAUCGUUUACGAAGGAGAAGAGCAGGCCCGACUCAACAUCAUCAUCCACUUUUCCUUUUCCAUUGCCAUUUUCUCCGCGACUGGCGUCAUGUCUGCCGUGAUGUUCUUCAAACUUCGGACGACUCUAUUCGACACGUCGUCGGCUCGCACCAAAACGCUCACUAAACGUGCCGAAUGGUCCCUUUCACUCACAAUGAUCUCGAGCGUCGUUCCGUUUGUUACCAACUCAAUUUGCUCGGUGAGUAGACGACUCUAGAAGCGCUAUUCUUAUCAGACGAUUUUCAGAUAACAUUCCUGUUUCAUCGGCCCGAUUACUUCUACGUCCUCUUCCUUCGUCCGAUCGGCAACGAUUACGAGACGACUAUGAUGCCGUGGGUGCUGUUUUUGACGCACCCGAUGUUCAAGAGCAAGAAGAAACCGACUAAGAGCCCGAGCCAGGGCUCCAACUUCACUUCUCGAAGUUCGCAAAUGUUCUGA